AUGUGGGACGUUGUGGUUAUCGGAGCAGGAUUCAGCGGCCUUCAAGCGGCCUAUUCUGCGAAGGCCUCGGGCCUUUCCGUGGCUGUAGUCGAGGCACGAGAUCGUGUCGGAGGCAAGAGCUUCACCAUACCGCUGGCCAAUGGACGUGGCACGGCAGAUCUGGGAGCUGCUUGGGUGAACCAGCACCUGCAGCCCCGCGUCUGGUCCCUCAUUGAACGGUUCGGGCUCGCGGGCAAGGUCGUCGAGCAGCGCCUUGGAGGCACUGCCGUGAUGGUCACAGCGGAAAGCGAAAGGAUCGAGUUUCCUUUCGGGAUCACCCCACAUGUAAGUAUGCCUGCGGCACAAGACAUGGCCCAUAGACUCGGGAGUAACAUCUUUUACUUGCAGUUCACCGCCGAAGAGCAGGAGGAUCUGGUCAAGAUUCGUGAUCACAUUCAAGCCGAGUCUCUGAACCCGACCGGUUUCCGGAAAGAGGACGACGGCUUGAGCUUGGAUCAGUAUGUUCGAAACCUGGGGACGUUGCCCAAGACGCUGGCGAUGGUCAAUCUCUGGACUCGUGUCAUGCACGGACUUGAGUCGACGGAGGAAUCGGCGGCGUUCUUCAUUGACUACUGCCGCACAAACCAUGGUCUACUUUCCAUCCGCGCAGACGACCGUACGGGCGGAAACUACAUGCGCUUGACAGCAGGCACACAAUCUAUUGCGAAAGGUCUGGCACAGCUCAUCGGAGCGGAUAGCGUCCAUCUAUCGUCCCCUGUGUCGCUCAUCGAGGACAAAGGGUCCCACGUGGUGGUCACGACGAAGAACGGCAGGACUUUCGAAGGGAGGAAGUUGAUUGUUUCCAUCCCAAGUGCCUUGUUCCGAGAGCUAGACUUUUCUCCUCCUCUGCCCGAGAGACUGGAGCAGGUUACGAGGUCCACAAAGCUCGGCCACUACAACAAGGCCCUGGUAUUCUACCAUCGACCUUGGUGGCGGGCCCGCGGAUUCAAUGGCUUCAUGAUGAGCUUCCAAGGCCCGGUCUGCGUGGCCCGAGACACCAGCUUCGACGACCUGGGCAUCUACGGCCUGACCUGCUUCGUCAACGGUCGCCCGGGGCAGGAAUGGGCGAGGCUGCCACCGUCGGAGCGGCGGAGGGUGGUCCUCGAGCAGCUCGCUACCGUGUUUGACACGGGAGCCAGCCCAGACGCACGCCGCCCGACCGAGUACAUGGACCAGAUCUGGCAGCACGAGGAGUUUAGUCGCGGCGCCUUGGCGCCAGUGCCGGCGAUUGGCCACUACGCUGCGUUUUCCGACGUGUACGGGAAGCCAGCCGGCAACAUUCACUUUGUGGGUACAGAGUACUCCCGCCAUUGGAAAGGAUAUAUUGAGGGCGCAUUGGCGUCGGGUCAAGCAGGGGCCAAGGAGGUGCUGGAUGCCCUGCAGAAGCCGAAGGAGGCCUUGAAGUCGAUGCUGUAG